ACUUGUCUUUGACUGCUACACAAACUAUGCUGGAACACCUGGACCACCUCAAGGAAGUACUGAUUAUUUGGGCAUCGUUUCCAUCGACAAUCCCCCCAGUUUUUUCCGUCAGGCAUUUCAGUAUCGACCUCAUGGCUGAUACCAUGUCCUACUCCAAGGCUUUGGGCUUCGUUCCCAGCGCCACAACUGUUAACGUGGGCAUGGGUUACAACGAGCGCGAUGGGGUUGUGGGUGCUAUAGCGCGAGGAAUCGUGGCGGCCGCGAAAUCACUUGAGGACGCACGGAAAGAACUCACUACAGUUGAGGUCGCAUGGAAAGAACUCACCGUAGAUGGAUAUGCUGGUUCAGGGGUAGUUUCCUUCGAAACUGGUCAAGAGCUUGCUAAUAGGGUUGGAUAUCUUCCUCAUCUUGAGGUGCUGGAACUGUGUCGGGUGGACAUGAACGAGAAAGCGCUGAUCGCCAUCGUGGAGAAAUGUCUGGAGAUCACCACCAUUAAGGAAAUAAGAAUCGGACUUUGUGGAUCCCGCGUCGGUGGCGCACUUGAUACCCUUCUGCAGAGCUUAUGCCAAGUUGGAGGUGGAAUUAUCAUCACUGUCUACCAUUCUUUAGAAUAUGUACGAGUAUUAUCACCAUUGCAGAAACAAUAGAUUCAUACAUCAUUUGGUAUCAAAGACAUUAUCAAAUUAAAGAUACAGAAUCAAGAAAUAUCCAGAAUUUUGGAUUUCAAUAUCAGAACUGUGCUAGAAGAUAGCAUACAUAUUGGCGUCUUAUGAAUUUAUGUGCCGGGUUAGGCAUAUUAAAUUACUUUUUAAACUCCACAGCAGCUUAGUAUUGGUAGUAUUAGUAUCAUAUCUUGCUAGUCAUCAUUUAAAUCUAAAGU